GUCGUGAACGUGAUGACUAAGCAAUAAGCAAGCCUUUGAUAUGUACAGUAAGUUAGCAUCGAGUGUAGUAGAAAGUUAAGUCAAUGUGCUUACAGAAUUAUUGUCGCUAAGAACCUGUUAAUUGCAUAAAAUAUAAGGUUGAUAAUGGGACUGCUGUCUGAAGGAUCCCCUCUUACAUGGGAAGAAACUAAAAAAUAUGCCGACCAUGUAAGAAACCAUGGAGUUCAGCAGUUCAUCAACCUAUAUGAGAGGCUAAAGGAUCGCAAAGGUGAUGUGCUCAAAUGGGGCGAUGAGAUUGAGUAUAUGCUGGUACGUCUGAACGAUGAAGCACAAACAGCUCAAUUGAGUUUGAAGGGACCUGAACUGCUGAAGAUUCUACAACAACAAGAGCAUACAAAUCCAUCAAAUCACCCUACAACAUGGCGUCCGGAAUACGCCAAUUACAUGGUAGAAGGAACACCUGGAAAGCCAUAUGGUGGAACUUUAGCACAUUUCAACAUUGUAGAGGCUAACAUGAGAUUACGACGUGAAGAGGUACGGAAACUGAUAAAUGAGCAGAUGGGCGAGGCACCACUUAGCUUGACAGCAUAUCCUAGACUUGGUUGUCCAAAAUUCACACAUCCAACUUAUGAGCCGAAUCCAACUGAUACCGGCGCAUCAAAGUCAAUCUUUAUUCCUGAUGAAGUGAUUUUUAGUGCUCAUCCAAGAUACAGGACACUGACAAGGAACAUUCGGAAAAGGAGAGGAGAAAAAGUUUGCAUUAAUAUUCCAAUUUUUAAGGACAUAAAGACUCCAUCACCUUUCAUUGAGAAGUUCCUGAAUGAUGCAGAUGGUGAGUCCGCCAGAGCUGCCAUGGCAGACCACAUCUACAUGGACGCCAUGGCCUUUGGAAUGGGAAACUCUUGCAUACAAAUGACAUUCCAGGCAUGCUGUAUCGAAGAGGCUAGAAGCUUAUAUGACCAACUGAAUCCUUUCUGUCCAGUAAUGUUAGCAUUGAGUGCGGCCUCUCCAUUUUACCGUGGGUAUGUAUCGGAUAUUGAUUGCCGGUGGUACGUUAUCUCAUCUUCGGUAGAUGAUAGGACAGAAGAAGAAAGGGGACUCAAGAAACUAAAAGAAAAUAAAUUUCGGAUUCACAAAUCCAGGUAUGACUCAAUCGAUAGCUACCUCUCAGAAUCAAGUGACCGAUACAAUGACAUAGAUUUAGUCAUUGAUGAAGAUAUUUGUAAGCGACUGCAAGAUGCAGGUAUUGAUCGACUGCUGGCCAGGCAUGUGUCUCAUUUGUUCAUCAGGGACCCUGUCUCCUUAUUCUCUGAACUUAUUAAUCAAGAUGACUCACAAGAUUCAGAUCAUUUUGAGAAUAUACAAUCAACCAACUGGCAGACAAUGCGCUUCAAACCACCACCGGUCAACUCCACAAUAGGUUGGAGAGUUGAAUUCAGACCAAUGGAGGUUCAAUUGACAGACUUUGAAAAUGCAGCUUAUGUGGUCUUCAUGGUACUAAUAACAAGAGUCAUUUUGAGUUUUGAACUCAACUUUUUGAUUCCCAUAUCGAAGGUUGAUGCAAACCUUAAUGAAGCACAGAAAAGAGAUGCUGUUUUAAAUGGCAAGUUCUACUUCAGAAAGGAUGUCCGUACAUGUCCAAAACAUUGCAAAGGCAAUGUUGAUAAUGAGUAUGUGUUAAUGGAUAUUAACACAAUUAUCAACGGCGGUCCAAUAGAGGGCGGAGCGGACUUUCCUGGCAUAAUACCUCUCAUCAACCAAUACCUCCGCUCAGUCAACAUUGAUUUAGACACGCGAUGCACCAUUUUAACUUACCUCAACCUGAUUUCAGAUAGAGCUUCCGGUAAAUUGAAAACAACCGCAAGAUGGAUGCGAGAUUACGUGCAACAGCAUCCAGACUACAAACAAGACUCUGUUAUCUCGGAAAAGAUAAAUUAUGACCUUUUGACCUUAUGCAAUAAAAUCACAAAAGGUGAACAUCAUCCUAAAGGUCUGAUUCACACGCAGUCAUCGCGUACAAAGGAUGACCUUCCGUUAUCGCUGAAGAAACAAGUCGACCAGGAUGCUAACGUUAUUCAGAAACAUGAGGAAGAAAUGAGGAUAAAGAGUUGGCCAGAGCAAAACGGAGUCUAGUUUAUUGAUGACAUCUGUAAAGAAGGCUAUUCAUCAUGUCUAUUUCUUUGUUUACAGUUUUGGCAAUCUUCCAGUUUGGCUCCAUCAGAUACAAUAGCUUGUAGUUUGGUGAAACUAUCAACAAAUUGUAGGUACAAAUAUAAUUUGAGAAAAAUCUGUUCUCCAUAUUAAUAAUAUAUUAAAUAAUAGUAAUUACAAGUAUUUUUAUUAGAAAUGUUGAUACCAGUUUAUGGAAACAGUUACUACAGUUUAUCCUUUCAUAUAUAAUUUUUUUUUCUGUUUAGUUGCUGAAUAUAUUCAAUAUAUAAAGAUAUUUUCUUGAAAACCUUUGCAUUCAUUUCUGAUAAAAUUUCAGCUGAAGAAACUGUAGCCACAAUUUUUGCUUCAUUGACUUCGUGGUCAUUAGUUAGUGGCAAGCAAAAUUGGUUGUGUUAAAGCAAAUAUGGGAGAAAUAUUGUAGAAAUUAUGUAUUGUAUAUUUGUACAAGGUAGUUGAUAAUAUG